GGUGCAGCUCGGGAUGUGGCGCUCGUGACGUCAUUUGGUCCGCGUUGGAAGCGCUGCCGGGCUGAGCGUGACGUGGCAGAGAGACGAGUAUCCGCCGGGCUCAGAGCACAGCACAGAGCGGACCGAGAGCAGCGAGCCGCCACCAUGGGCCUCACCAUCUCCUCCCUCUUCUCCCGGCUCUUCGGAAAGAAACAGAUGCGGAUUCUGAUGGUCGGUCUUGAUGCCGCUGGAAAAACAACAAUUCUGUACAAGCUGAAGCUCGGAGAGAUUGUCACAACCAUCCCAACAAUUGGUUUCAAUGUGGAAACUGUAGAAUACAAAAAUAUCUGUUUCACCGUCUGGGAUGUUGGUGGCCAGGAUAAAAUCCGACCCCUCUGGAGGCAUUACUUCCAGAAUACACAGGGCCUCAUUUUUGUUGUAGAUAGUAAUGACAGAGAGCGAAUCCAGGAGGCAGCAGAAGAGUUACAGAAAAUGCUUCAGGAAGAUGAGCUGAGAGAGGCAGCGUUGUUGGUAUUUGCAAACAAACAAGAUUUGCCCAAUGCCAUGGCCAUCAGUGAGAUGACUGACAAGCUGGCACUUCAGUGUCUCCGCAACAGAACUUGGUACGUGCAAGCAACAUGUGCAACUCAGGGCACAGGUCUGUAUGAAGGACUGGACUGGCUAUCUAACGAGCUUUCCAAGCGUUAACGAGUAACUUGCCUUCCACCGAGGACACAGUGUAUAGGAGUUGUCUAGGCUCGUAACAUCCAAACUAGUUCUAAAAAUGGUUUAAAGAAAUUGAAUGGGCAGCAAUCUAAGUUCCAGGUUUCUUUUGUUGCCAUUUACUGAGUUCAUGUUGCUUUCAGGGCAAUGUGGCUAGACUUAAAGCAGAAAAUAAUAAAUCCCCCCUUAUGUGAAAGUGGUUUCUGGUUUUACUUCUCCCCCAACCCCCCCCCCAUGCCUGGACAUAAUUAUUGUGAUGCUAUAGAAAUGAAUGCUUUUUUGGUUAUCUUUCCCUUGAAACAAACAUAAAAUGUCAUUUCCAAGUCAGUUGCAGUUCUCCUGUGUCAAGUAGAGCUGUUACUUAUUACACACUUUGCGGACGCUUGCUUAAACCAUAUUUUGAAGAGUCCCUGAACUGCUAGUUUGACUCCUGUGUGUCAUUCCGUAGACCUUCUGCUGAACUAAAACGUAGCAUUCCAUAACUAUUUAUUUAUCAUCUACACAAAAAGGAGGUUUUUGUUUCUUUUUAAUAUGUAUAAUUUUGCUGAUGCCAGCGGGGAACACAAAAAACACUAUCAAACUACCUACACCGAUUCUCAUUUCUUGUAACCAAGUCAGAAAGCCAGGCUCCCCCCCCCCCCCCUUUUUUUUUUCCUUUCCCCUCGGAAUGAGUUUUGGUGGGAGUGGAAUAUUGACCUUCGUUGGUCUAAGCAUGCAUGCAAUAACCCCUUUGCUGGCAGCAUGACGUAGCCAUGGGCCCACUCCUUGCAGCAAAGGGCCUCCGCUUUGUUUUAUAUCUCAGCAGAUUGUCUCACUUUAGGAUAUUUUUUAUGUUGCUUUUUCAGCUUUACUGUUUUUGCCCAUUGUAUCAUAGUUCUGCGAAUAUUUUAUUGUUUAUUGGUGAACAUAUCUUCAUGAUGCAAUAUUUUUUUUUUUUAAUUCCUCGAUCUGAACAAAUUGUUUUUCUUCAUACCCCACUAAGAAAUAUUCCUAAUAAAAUAACAAAAAAAG